AUGAAGGCUCCAUUUGAGGGUUUGAAAGGGAAGGGAGCAAAGGGCUUUUGGGAGAGGGGAGGAGACCGAAAGAGAGACAUAGAUGCACGAAAUAACAAUGAGGAGGGUUUUAGAGCUACAUUACCACGAUAUCUUGUAGUUAGUGAUCUGAAACCGUACAUUACUGAACCACUAGUAGAGGGUGUUGAUUUUGGGAAAUAUUUUAUUACUGAUAAGAAAUAUAGUGUUCGAGAUGAUUUGAUUGCUUGGGUUCAUUGUGAAGCAGUUAAGUUAGGAUUUUCAGUAGUUAUAACAAAUUCUGAUCAUGGUUCUAAUUGUAGAAAACAAUUUUUUGUAUUGGGUUGUGAAAGAGGUGGUGUGUAUAAAGGAACCAAGAAGAAGUUGAAACGCGAAAAAACAGGAUCUUGUAAAUGUGAUUGUCCAUUCAGGUUGCGUGGUUAUAUGUAUUAG